UGGUCUGUAAAGUUGGUAAUGUUUCAUUGUUUACAACUGUUUUUUUAGAUCAAAGUUUGCUCUUGCAAUCAACAAAAAUGAUAACCUUGAACAACUCGGUUUGCGGAAACUCAAGAAAAUCAAAGCUGGCAGCGUGAUUAUCACUGAAAAUCAUGGCUUGUGCUAUGCUCAGACCAUCAAAUGGAACAAAAUCAUCGCUGAAAAUGCUCAGGCGCUUGUCACCAAGAAUAUGGAUGCAAAAUGUGAAGGACGUGGUAGGAUAUGCGAUCAGACUUGCGAUCCAGAGUUCGGCUGCUGGGGACGUGGUCCCACUAUGUGUUCGAAAUGUCGAUACUGGCAGUUAGAGGAUAUGUGUGUGAAAAAGUGUCCGCAGGAAGGAUUCUACGAGGAUCACACCACCAGGAAAUGUCUCCCUUGCUACGCCGAGUGCUUAACGUGUUCAGGACCAACAGAGCGGGACUGUCUGUCGUGCAGGAAUGUCCAGUUAAUCUCCGAUGGACAACUUGUCUGUUUGACCAACUGUAGUGUGUCCCAUUACCAGGAUGGCACACAAUGUAGACCAUGCCAUGAGAGCUGCUCAAACCUGAGAUGUACUGGACCAGGAGAUCAUCUCGGAGAAGGUGGCUGUUCAGAAUGCCUUUACGCACAGUUGUCGAGGAGCCAUGAGGUGAUUCGCUGUUUGAUUGCUCCUUCGAUGCAUGAAGCAUGUAGUGACAUCAUCGGAUAUUACCCUUCUACUCAAGCUAUCGAUGGAGUUCAACUUGUGCACUGCGAUCCAUGUGAUGAACAAUGCACUUCAUGCACGUCUGCAGGUCGUAACACUAUUGCAAACGGAUGUGUUUGUAAAGGAUACGCGAACGAAAUGGCAAAGGACUCCAUAUGUCUAGACCGAUGCUUUGAGUCCCACUAUAUUGCACAGCAUCCAAAUGGAUCACAGCCGGGCAUUUGCAAAAGCUGCCAUCAUCUUUGUGAUCGUGGACACGGAUGUACGGGACCAUCACCAUCGGAGUGUAAUCAAUGUAUGCAUGCGACGCUAGCUGGAGAACCGAACGUGUGCGUGGCUGAAUGCCCCGAGGAGUUUCCCUUCCUGGACGAUUUCAAAAUGUGCAAUCGAGUGGAUGUCAAAAGAGAGCGAGAAAGGCGUUCCAAGAUGAUCGCAGCUUCACUGGUCGCCAUAUUCACACUUUUGGUGAUAGCUAUGAUGAUCGUUUGCAUGCGGUGUCGGACAUUUAAGAGGAAAUUAUUGAAGGAACAGAUUAGCAACUACGUCGACAUUCCUGAAUUGACUCCCAUUGAUCCCUCGAUUCGAUCUAACAUGAGCCGUGUAAACCUGAUCACUGCAAGUGAGUUGCAAACGAAAGGAACACAACUGGGAGCUGGCGCAUUCGGAGUCGUCUACGCAGGCUUUUGGUUUCCAAAGGGUAAAGGCAAAAUAAAAGUACCAGUCGCGAUCAAGCUUGUCAAGGGUCCUUGCUCUGGAAAAGAGGAGACAGAAAUGCUGAACGAAGCAAUGCAGAUGUCAUCACUUCGUCAUGAACAUCUUUUACGUCUCGUUGGAAUUUGUCUUCACGAAGAGGGAAUUCAACUGGCUAUGAAAUAUCUGUACGAGCACCGUAUCAUUCACCGCGAUCUUGCUGCUAGAAACGUUCUGGUGAAGCGUCAUAAUCACGUAGAAGUGACCGACUUUGGUUUGGCAAAGCUUCUCGAUUACGGUCAGGAGAAGGUCAAAGUCAUGGAAGGAAAGGUUGCGAUAAAAUGGUUAGCCCUGGAAUCAUUAAGAGAUCAGAGUUAUACGCAUCGCACUGAUGUUUGGGCAUACGGUGUCACAUGCUGGGAAAUCCUAACAUUUGGACAAGUAGGUUUCUUAGAUUAUAUAACUUUUUUGCAGAGUCCUUAUCAAGGCAUGGAUGUCUGUGCUAUCAAAAAUUUCCUCAAGGAGGGAAACCGGCUUUCUCAGCCAAGCAACUGCUCGUCGGAACUCUACCAAGUCUUGUUGCAGUGUGAGCUUCUGCUUUAG